AUGAAACAAUUACACAAACAACACAGCUUGAAUCACAGACGAGAAGAAGAAAUGGGAAGCGGACAAGGUGAAACUCCACCGUACUCCCCCAAAGGGCAGAAGCACACACGAUCGCUCCCUAGAUCGAUCAACUACCUCUUGCGUGAACAGCGUCUUCUCUUCAUUCUGGUUGGGAUUUUGAUCGGUUCGACGUUUUUCAUCAUUCAGCCGACGCUUUCGCGGAUAGGUCCGCCGGAGGGGCAGUCGUUUCUGCCUAGAUCUGGCGGAUUGGUUCGGUUUAAUGCCGGCGGUGAUAAUGGGAGAGUGGGACGGAUUCCGGUGGGGAUUGGUGGUCGGAGGUUGAGAGUGGUGGUUACUGGUGGUGCGGGAUUUGUGGGAAGUCAUUUGGUGGAUAAGUUGAUUGGGAGAGGGAAUGAUGUUAUUGUGAUUGAUAAUUUUUUUACUGGGAGGAAGGAGAAUUUGGUGCAUUUGUUUGGGAACCCUAGGUUUGAGUUGAUUCGCCAUGAUGUUGUUGAACCGAUUUUGUUGGAGGUUGAUCAGAUCUAUCAUCUUGCUUGUCCUGCGUCGCCGACAAAUGUUAUGGGUACACUUAAUAUGUUGGGGCUUGCAAAGAGAAUUGGGGCUAGGUUUCUUCUAACUAGUACUAGUGAGGUAUAUGGAGAUCCUCUGGAGCAUCCUCAAAAAGAGACUUACUGGGGGAAUGUUAAUCCAAUUGGUGAGAGGAGUUGUUAUGAUGAAGGAAAGCGAACUGCAGAGACACUGACCAUGGAUUAUCAUCGUGGUGCUGGUGUUGAGGUCCGCAUUGCUCGAAUUUUUAACACCUAUGGACCCCGCAUGUGUUUAGAUGAUGGACGCGUUGUGAGCAAUUUCGUUGCACAGGCUAUUCGCAAACAGCCAUUGACUGUAUACGGUGAUGGGAAGCAAACUAGAAGUUUCCAAUUUGUCUCUGAUUUGGUUAAUGGGCUGGCAUCUUUGAUGGAUGGUGAACAUGUGGGACCUUUCAACCUAGGUAACCCAGGAGAAUUCACUAUGUUAGAGCUUGCUCAGGUUGUGAAAGAAACAAUAGAUUCAAGUGCUACAAUAGAGUACAAACCAAAUACUGCUGAUGAUCCACAUAUGAGGAAACCAGAUAUUAGCAAAGCAAAGGAACUGCUAAACUGGGAGCCAAAAAUCCCACUGAGGGAAGGUUUGCCUCUUAUGGUUAGUGAUUUCCGGAAUCGGAUUUUGAACGAAGAUGAAGGUAAAGGAAUGAAAUAA